AGCGCACGCGCGGAGCCGUUAAUGGCGGUUGACGGAUGGGUCUUGUCCUCCGUCCCGAAAACGUUUAACAGGAUUUCAGAAAGGGAAGAUUUGCUGAUGGGAUACUCAAACUGAACAUCGCCCCCAAGUUUGUGCAGAAUCGGCCACAUUAUCGCAACGUGAGGACCGCUAGACUUUGACCAUGGAAGGAAGCAACACCGUUCACAUUGGGGAGAAGCCGUACACCUGUUCUGUUUGUGGACGAGGCUUCAGCCGGGUGUCUGGUCUCUCAAAACAUAAAUGCAGUCAGGAUGGGGAGAAACCGUGGAAGUGUGGGGACUGUGGGAAAGGAUUUCAAUAUCCCGGCCAACUGGAAAUCCAUCGGCGCAGUCACACUGGGGAGCGGCCGUUCACCUGCUCCGAUUGCGGGAAGGAAUUCGCUCGGUUAUCCACCCUGCUGACGCACCGGCGAGUUCACACCGACAAGAGACCCUUUAAAUGUCCAGACUGCGGGAAGUGCCAUAAAAGCUCCGGGGAACUGAUGUCCCAUCAGCUUGUUCACACCGACGAGAGACCGUUCCGGUGCUCUCACUGCGGGACUGGCUUCAAGCGAUCGUCCCAACUCAUCGUGCAUGAGCGCAUUCACACCGGAGAGAGGCCCUUCACCUGCUCCGUGUGUGGGAAAGGCUUCACUCAAUCCACCCACCUGCUGAAGCACCAGCGCAUUCACACCGGGGAGAGGCCGUUCACCUGCUCCGAGUGUGGGAAAGGAUUCACUCGGUCCUCCAACCUCCUGACGCACCAGCGAGUUCACACCGGAGAGCGGCCUUUCAACUGCCUGGACUGCGGGAAGUGCUUUAAAAGUUCCAGUGAACUGAUGCGCCAUCAGCGGGUUCACACCGACGAGAGACCGUUCAGGUGCUCCCACUGCGGGACUGGCUUCACACGAUCAUCUGACCUCACCGUACACCAGCGAAUUCACACCGGAGAGAGACCGUUCACCUGCUCCGAGUGUGGGAAGGGAUUCACUAAUUAUCCGUCUGUGCUCGAAAGGCAUCAGCGCAGUCACACCGGGGAGAGGCCGUUCACCUGCUCCGACUGCGGGAAGGGAUUUGCACGGUCCUCGACCCUGAUGAGACACCAGCGGGUUCACACCGGGGAGCGGCUGUUCACCUGCUCCGACUGUGGGAAGGGCUUCACUCAGUUGUACCACCUGCUGACACACCAGCGAGUUCACACUGGGGAGAGGCCGUUCAGCUGCUCCGAGUGUGGGAAGGGCUUCACUCAGUUAUCCCAUUUGCUGCUCCACCAGCGGGUCCAUACUGGGGAGAGACCGUUUAAAUGCCCCGACUGUGGGAAGUCGUUCAAAAGUUCCAGGGACCUGAUGCGCCAUCAGCAUGUUCACACGGACGAGAGACCUUUUAAGUGCCCAGACUGUGGGAAGUGCUACAAAGGUUCCACAGAACUGAUAUGCCAUCAGCGUUUUCACACCGAUGAGAGACCGUUCAGGUGCUCGCACUGCGGGUCUGGGUUCAGGACAUCGUCACAGCUGACUGUACACCAGCGGGUCCACACCGGAGAGAGACCGUUCAUCUGCUCCGUCUGUGGGAAGAGAUUCACUCAGUCGUCCAACCUGCUGAAACACCAGCGGGUUCACACCGGCGAGCGGCCUUUCACCUGCUUGGUGUGCGGAAAGGGCUUCAGUCAGUCGACCACCCUGCUGACCCACCAGCGGGUUCACACCGGGGAGAGGCCGUUCACUUGCUCCAAGUGCGGGAAGGGAUUCGCUGAUUCAUCCACUCUGCGGGCACACCAGCGGGUUCACACCGGGGAGAGGCCCUUCACCUGCUCUCAGUGUGGGAAGGGAUUCACUCAGUUGUUCCACCUGCGGAGACACCAGCGGGUGCACACUGGGGAGAGACCAUUUACUUGUUCUGAGUGUGGGAAAGGAUUCACUCAGUCGUCCCACUUGCUGAAACACCAGCGUGUUCACGAGGAGCUACAGUGAUUGGAUUUAGCUUUCAGUCAUAAAUUCCUCCAAUUUGGUGCAAGGAAUAUUUGAUAUUUGCUGCUCAGUAUUAACCGAUUCACAUACCCAUGUGAAACUCUCUCUCUUCCUCAAAUCCUCAAAAACAUUGUAUAAACUGUCAUUUUCUGAUAUAAGGAGCAAAAGAUUUCAGGCAAAGGCUGAGAACUGCAAGGGGGUGGGGGUGGGGGAGUCCCUCCAUACAGAUCCACACUGUUGGACCACACUUCUUAAGGCCACAUGUAGAGUGAAAGGCUGGUCAGGAGGAGUAAAGCUGCUUAGAAACCGAAAAGGAAAUUCCCACAGUGAAGCAGGGACAUGCAGAGGGGAGGGGAGUGGAGUGAAGGGGUGGAAGGAAUAUCGGAUGAGCUGGGGCAGGAAGAAGAGGUCAGUUGGAACGUUGGAUCUGAGGAUGGAUAUCAUUGAGGCUAACAGGGCUGGGCUGGCUGUUUGGAGCAGUUGGGUCUUGAGGGGGGGGGGGCGUGGUUGUGUUGGUGAAUGGAGGUGUUUUGGGUCUCAAGUCUCACUUCAGGGGGUGUAGUUGAAGGAGCCAAAGUUUAAUAAUUAUGAGUUAGAGUGGGUUAUAAGCUCACUUUUUCUGAGCAAUUAUUAUCCUUCAGUCAGUUCAGAACUCUCCAACUCUCUUUUAGUCUCUGUGAGCACCUCUGACCAUGGAGGACUCUCCUAGUCUCUAUCUACACCCCUGACAGAACAGGAAACUCUUCUCCUAUGUAAAUAUAGGAUAAGGUUGUUGUGUUUAUGUUUUAGCAGUGGGGUUUGACCUCACAACCUUCUGAUGCAGAGGGUUAUAGUCCAGAUAACAGAGUGAAAGCAACAUCAAAUGACUUGAACUGAACAGAAUGAAUGGGAGGAUUUGAGAAGAUUUGUAAAGUAAUGUAUUUAAUCCAGAGAGAUUAAGAUCUACAAGCCAGUAAUGAAUUGGCUGGGGGAAGCAUGAAAUUCCCAUUUAGUUUAAAGAAAAAUAUACCUGAAAAGUCAUUUGGGAUGUUGGGCUGAUACCCAGUUAGGUAUUUGUUGAAUUUGUGGAAGAAAUAGAAAUGUUGUAGAAUCAAUGGAUGUGUUCAUUGAAGUUGGAGUAAACUUGUGAAAGUGUGAGAGAGAGAGAGCCUGAUUAUGGAAGACUUCAGUAGCAUUCCAGUAACAAUUAAAUCCUAUUUGGAUGAGUUCUCCCAAGUACGUAACUGAAGCAAAAGGAAUAGCAGCACUAGCAGAAACAUCUGGUAUUUCUCACAGGCAGCGAGGUGGUCAAAUGUUGGCACAUGGAAAACCACCGAGUAGCUGGAGGAAUAAACAAGAAUGUGGCUGCAGGAAAAAAGGCAGGAGCUUUUCUAGCUAUUAGAAAGGAUAAUAUAAGUAAUGUUGGGAAACCAGCAGGUUUCAUUACAUAAGAUAGGUCAAAACAAAUUUCCACGCUGGAGGGAAUCUAAAAAUCUAAAUUGUUGGAAGCAGAUUGAUGAUGGAGUAAUAGAAACACUUGAAAAACAGUACCAAGGAAAAAAACUUGGAUGUUAAACUAGUGGCACUGGUGCACGUGGCAGGUAAAGUUGGGCAAAGAAGUGGUUCCAGGAGAAGGACUGAUGUGCCCUCAUCUGUAACAGACACUUGUGAGAAAUGCCAAUAUCCUGUAAAAUUGCCAAAUGAGGUGCUUCAAUACUUGGAAGGUCCUGAGAUCUCAGAGUGGUCUUGAAGAAUUAAUUUCACUUGACAGGAAAUCUGGAGGGCUUUCUGGUGUUUUUGACCUACAAUGACAGGAAUACUGUCAAGAUCUCAGUUCCCAGUAGACCAUUUGAAACCCCAAGAAGAUUUGAAAGGACAUGGUCUGUUUAUUAUGCAGGAGCCAUCAAGUCUUGGAAAGGAAAAUCUAAGUCCAAAACACAGAAGCUGUGGAUAUCGCUCGGAAAGAAUUGAAUCAGAUGUGUUUAGAAUGGCACCAAGACAAAGUGAAAGGUCUGGAAAGUGUCAGAGACCGAAUCCAGCAGGAAUAUGCCAUACUUUCAUUGAAACAUGUAAGCAACAUUCACCAAAUGGAAAUGGAUUUUAAUUCAGGCAAAGACUACUUGCUCCAAACAAAUAAGUUAUUUUGACCUUAUCUGAAAAUGAAGUGACUCUUUGAAUUUGGAAAAUGAAAUAAGGAUGAAUUUAAAACUGCAGUUAAUAAAACCUGAUCUGUGGACCGAACAGAAACAUUCUUUGCUGAGUUAAAGGAAGAGUGUAAAAUAAAACUAAGGUGCUAAGUAAUGUCAGUGAAAAUGUUUUUAUUUGCUGCUAAUCCUUCUUGUCACAUGUAUUUGUUUAUGUUUGGAGUAAUCUUUUAUAGUUUUGUAAAUACGCUAUAUAUAAAUGUGUAAAUUAAAGAGUUAUUUGUACAGUCUGUCUUAAACUAUUAGUUAAAUGUUUAUUAUAAGAAAUGGGAUAUUUUCAAAGCCUUUCUCAAGAAACUUUCACUGUGGUGAAUCUUUCCUUUUUCCAAAUGGAAAGGUGUGGCGAAUCCUUCUCUUUGUGUGCAUUCUGUGUGUUGAAAGCCAAUUCAGGGGUCACUGAAAGCAGUUACGGAGUCGCAAGACAGUUAGUUGAAGGAAGAGGCAGAGGCAGACUGCAUGCUUGGAGUGCUGCUGUUUGGAUGUCUUGCCAGGAGGGGGUGCUCUGUGCCAUUAGAAUCAACUCAGGAAGAAGUUUUCGGGAUUAGUGCGCAGUAAACAAUUGGAGUAAGGACUCUGAAGAAGUCUUAGGAAGCUGUGGAAGGAGGUCCGAAGUUGGGGGACGUGUGAGGGGCUCAGUAGAAGCUUUGCGAGUAUUCAUCCUUCCGUGCAGCUGAGAGAGUGAAAAGCCCCACACGGUGUUUGUACCAUACAGCUGAGCAAGCUUCAAGGUCAGGGGAAACCUGUGGACAAAGCCAGAUUGGUGAAAGCUAGGAGUUGUGCCUGUCAGAAAGUGCGGAGUGCAGUUUCUGAGCAAAGGGAUAUGUAAACCCAGGAUAAGGGGGUGAUUGGCGAGAACAAGAUCUUUUGUUGAAUAGUCUAUAUUGGAAUGGAUCAUAAGAGGGAGUUUCAAGGCCGGAACAACAAAGGUUGUUGAGUUGGAGUCCUUUGUGAGAUUUCGUGAAAUUUAAUGAUCCACCAUGUCAUUCACAUCUUGGAGAGAGUUACUGAGAAAUCCAUGAGAUCUGACUGGAACUCAUUCUGUUAUUGGAUGUGAGCUGUGUAAAUGCAGUGUAAUACUUCAUGUCAAUUCUGGGUGUUCAAAAUAAAGAGGACAAGUAUUGUAGAUUGUAUUACUGUUCUAUAAUAAAGACGUGUUUGUUCGAAA